UGUAUAUGCAUGAUGGGUUUUGGUUGUAAUCCAAAAGAGUGGCUCAAACAUUUGUUAAAAGUGACAAGUAUAGGUGUGACCUUAAUGGGUAUAGUUGAUCAUACAUGAUAUUGAUAUAUAUAUAUUUAUAUAUUUAUAUCAGGAUCAUCAUGAUCAGUGAUCACUCCCGUGACUGAGUGAGAAAUAAAGGAAGAAAAAGGAUAAGAUAAUAUUGAAUGCCCAUUAAAGUUUUCUUUUUUUCUUUCUUAUAUCACAUUGCAAACAUAUCAACUUUGUUGAUCUCAAUAAUACUCAAAUCCAAGCCCAUUCUCUCUUUUCAUCUUCACAAAGAAACUACAUCCUGACACCCUUUUCUGGGCAACUUCUACUUGGGAUUGCAGGAAAGUCAGUAUACACAGAUCAGAGUGCAAUGGAUUUCAGUGGACAGUUCACUAACAAGAUGGACAUGAAGGUUGAGAUUCCAUCAGAAACAGAAAUGAUCAUGGGUGGAUCUGGACCCGGGUCCGGGUCAGGGCUUACAAGACAGCAGAGUGUUACAAAGAACAACUGCCUAUGUUCCCCAACCACUCAUGCAGGCUCGUUCAGGUGCAGGCUUCAUCGCACACCAAGCCUCCAACGAACCAAAAGCAUUGACACUAAUGCAAACCUUCGUGAAUCAAAGGCCAAUAAUACUAUUACUACUACCUCCACUAAUGCUCAGUGAAGUAAAAUCAACAAUGACUGAGUGAUUGUUAUUAUAUCAGAAGAUUAUAUAUGUGUUAUGACUACUAUAUCUAUCUAUAUAUAUGUUAUGAUAUCAGAGUGUUUUUGAGUUUUUCUUCCUUUACCUUUGUAUAGUUGUGAGUGUUUAUUUUCAGUACUGGGAAGUGGAUAAUUUGGUACAAUAUAAUUAGUUUCAUCAAAAGUUUCAAGAUCAUUAGAUUCGUAUAGAAUUAUUAAGACUUGUUGGUUUAAGCAACUCUAAUUUAAGUUGACCCCAUAUUUGCCAA